AGACACUAUUUGCCCAGAAAGCGGAAGUUAAACGCGCUGAUAUUCAUACUACUGGGAUAGUGGGAAAAAGUAGUGCGAGUCGAGUGACUGGAAUUCGUCGUAAAAUCGCAUCGUCAAAUAGUCAACAGUUGUACAUAUUCACAACAACAGCUAAAGUUGGACUGCAGACUUGGAAUGAUGAUACUGAUAUAGACCAACGUACAAAGGAAUUCGUGCUUACUCCUGAGACUGCUUUUCCAUGUAAUUUCUAGUCGUUGGAUAUGACAGAUGUCCUUGCUGGCCAUGUCUCUGGAAGGCUUACGGUCCUCUGCCUUUACAUUUGAGUCUUCUGUGCACAGCUCCCAUGUGCUCCGCUGCCUUGAAGAACAGAGGCGCAAGGAUAUACUGUGUGACGUCACCGUGGUGGUGGAAGAGCAGAGUUUUAGGGCCCACCGCUCGGUCCUGGCUUCCUGCAGUGAAUACUUCACAAACAGGGUCUCUUCCCACACAGGCCAGGGCCUAGUCCUCACUCUUCCACCUGAGGUGACUGUCGGUGGCUUCGAGCCCUUGCUAAGGUUUGCGUACACCUCUAAGCUUCUUUUCAGCAAAGAUAAUGUCCACGAGAUCCGUAACUGUGCAGCUAUUCUGGGGUUCAGGGAUUUGGACAAAGCCUGCUUUGAUUUCCUCCUUCCCAAGUUUUUCACCAGCGCCAGAGGCCCCAUCCCUCAAAAGCCCUGCUGUAAGACACGCUGCAGGAGAAGAAAUUCACCCGGGGCGGACCUAGUAGCUGACAAUGACACCUUAUUGGCUGAACAAGGAGUUGAGGUGUCCUCUGAUACUUCCUCACAACCGGAAGUGGGUGAAGCUUCUUCCCACAUCAGCCAAUCAGGGAAUGAUGUUGCAGGAAGCGCGAGCAGAAGCACCACCCUUCUGCCUGAGGCUGAUGUCCACUCUGAUGGCAUGACAAAGUAUCGCAAGUUUCAGCUGGCCUGUGGGAAGGAGGUCUGCGGCCUGGAGAAGUGCCCCGACUCCCCUGCCGCGGGGAGCAGGAAGGGCUGCUCCAGGCCCCUGCCCUGUCUAUCCUGCCUGUCAUGCCCCAGCAGCGGAGUCUGUGAGUCUGCCAUGGAGCACCCUGGAUCACAGACGACACCAGAGUUAAUGGUGGAGAGAGAGCUCGUUGGUAGGAAGGAGGAGUCUGGGAACCCUGGGCCUGAAGGGGAUGAGAGCGUCGUUAUGGGAGAUAAUGAGGAACAGAGGCCUGAGGAGUCUGGUGGAUUUAAUGAUCGUCCUACAUCAGUGGCAGCAGAGGAAGAGGGAGAUGGCAGGUGGAAGAAUAGUGAGAAGGAACUCCUUACUGUGAUGACUAAUAGAGGGAUAGAGAGAGCUGGAGGGGAGAGCAGUUACACAGAGAGUGAGGUAAGCCAGGGCUGUAGAGGAAGAGGAGGAGAAGAGAGAGUAGAUCGAGAGAGGAGCGCUGUAGAGAGAGAGGUGGCUGAGCACCUAGCCCAGGGUCUCUGGUCAGACUCCUCUCCUACCUUCUGUCUGGAUAAUAUCUCUGGAACUGGGUUUGACUCUGGGACUGGGACAGGGACCAGGUCUGGGCCUGGGACGGCGAGUGAGUCUGGAGGCACCCAGUUGGGUUGCACGACAAUGGACUGGCUGAAGGUCCAACUGAACCUGAGUUCGGACACCGCUGACUGUCCCUUUCUCCAAACCCUGGACCCUAGCACAGGGACGGGGACAGGAGCCGGGGGGGCAGACAUCCAGUUUGCGGGGUGUGGGGGAUUAUCCCAGUCAGUGUGCAGUCCCUGUGUGUCCUCCCUUCAGUCAGGGGAAGACGGGGACUCGGACAGCUUUGACACUGAGGGAGACAGCGAGUUCUACAGCAGUGAGAGAGUCAGAGAGGUCCAACUGCCGUUCUCUGUGGAGCGGCUGGUGUCUCUGAGCAGGAAUGACUUCCAGCAGAUGCUGAAGCAGCACAGUCUGACCCGGCAGCAGCUGGACUUCAUCCACGAUGUGAGACGGCGCAGUAAGAACCGCGAUGCUGCGCAGCGCUGCCGCAAGAGAAAACUGGACUGUAUACGCAACCUGGAGUGUGAGAUAUACAAGCUGAGAACAGAAAAGGAUAAGCUGAAGGCAGAGAGCAACGAGUUGAACCAGUUGAAGGUGAAGACGUUGCACAGAGUCUCUGCCUUGUAUCAGAAGGUCUGCAGUGAGGCAGACCUACAACCGGAGCAGGUCCAGAUCCUGGCCAAGUUCUCCUCUCUAGACUGCCCGCUCUCCUCUUUCAUGUCCUCCACAGACCCUCCCUUCGCUGGGUUUGGGGAGCUACUCCAGUCCCAGGCUCCACUAUCUGCCUUCUUUGUAGGCCCAACCUCAGACAUAUGCCAGAACUCUAUUGAACCCUUGCCAAGCUGCUCCAUGGAGACGCCAACAUGUGAUAAACACCCAGCCAAUGGGAAGGCUCCUUAGAUUAAACCCUGUUCUCAAGUGUUUUAAGCCUCAUCUAGACGGAAGUGAGUACAACUUAAUUUAAGAUAUCUAAAAAGGACAUUGUAGAUAUCUUGAAUUGAGUGGAAUUAAAGAUAUAAUGAACUGGAAUUAUGACUAGUCAGAAUUAAAUUGUAGAUAUUUUAAACUGGAAUUACUAGUCAGAAUUCACUUGCAGAUAUCUACAAUUCACAUUGAGGAUAUUUGCAUCUGAAAUGUAGAUAUCUGUAAUCAGAAACCCAAUACACAUAAAUGGCAAAACUAGUUUGAAUCUUACUAGUCAAAAUGUACUUAUAUCUAAAAUUAGAAUUUUGACCAGUCAAAAUAUAAUAAAAGAUAUCUAGAAUUAGAGUUUUGACUAAACAAAAUUACAUUGGAGAUAUCUGUAACGAAUAUCAAGCCUAGCUAAUAAAUGUUAAAACGAAGCUUGCCAUGGUAGUAUGACUGCCCGAUCAACUCUGUGUGGGUAUUAUCAGUAAUGUUUGGGAAGGAAAUCUCUCAUAUCCUCACGACAUGCAAUCAAACUACAGCAUUUAAACCAUAUUAAAUGUGCAGGUGCACAUACCCUGCAUCUUUGUGAUGUGUUGAUGUUAACAUGAAGAUUGUACAGUAAUCACAAAUGGUUACCUACUACUAUGCCUCCUUUGGCCAAUGGGAACCUCCAUGUAUCUCUUCAGCUAAAACUUGUCAAUGCUUUUCUAAGUCUGUAUACUAUGCUGUCAAGGACUUUUAAGGAUUUCCUCAACAUUCCGUUGGAUUUUGUUAUCCAACCAUCAGUUGUCAGUCACUCACUGGAUCUGUGAUCAACCAUCAGUUAUCUUGUCAACCACACAGCACAAUUACACCUUCUAAAAUAAAGCCUUAAUUUCUGGUGCACAAUCAACACAUAAUGCAGGAUAAAGGUAAGUUUAAGGUACAUUUUGAAGUCCCUGCUUGUAUAUUGACAGUUUCUCAGGUUAAGCAGAAAAAUACAUAGUUUCCGAUGUCUGUAUUUUGAUUUUUUUGGAAAACCAACUGUCUUCUACUAACUGAUUGUACAUAAAUGAUUGUACAUUUAGCUCUAUAAUGCUCAUUCAUGCAUUGAGCAGGUUUAGUAAGUUCUUGAAUAGUAUAGGGUAAAGUACCCAGCUGACCUAUAUGAUUCAUUUUUCUCAGGUGAAAAUCUGCACUGUAAGUCUUCUUUUCCAUUACAAUGACUGAGUAGUGUUUUGGAAGAUUGAACAUACUGUACAGUAUAUGCUUCCAUACCCAGGUGCUCAGAACAGUUCUACCAUCCAAAGAAAACUAACUACAAAUGUUAUUUUCUGGAAUAAAAAGUAUCUUUGGAACC